AUGGCUAACUCUCAAGCGUUUGAGUCCACGCGUAAAUAUGGGAGAGAGCAGGCAUAUGGCGAAAAAUGGCAACAAUGGCAAUAUGAUUCGGACGAUAAAUCAUGUCCAAUCUUGCGUGCGCGCUUGACGAUCAACAUGCUGAAAUUCUUCUGCGGCUGGACUAUCGACGAAGGUGAUGAUAUAUUUGGCUCACCUGAGUUCAUGUAUCCGCCUCCGCCGAGAUUGUGGCCAGUCAUGGUGGAAUUAAAUCUUCCAAUUGACAAACGGUACAAGGCAGUCACUAUCAAGCAAACAGUAAGAAAGGUGGUAUACGGCAGCUUGAAAAGCAAUGAGCACCUCGUGGUCAAUGACUACUUUCUGCAAACUGGACCGGGUGUUAUUCUCUCUGAGCAGUCGACGUUCACAUGGAUGGCAUUGAGUGAGGAUUUGAGGUAUGUAUUCCGUGUGGAUGUUGUGAACAGUGUCACUGUACGUACUGUGCUUCGCGUAUAUGAGAUGAACGAUAAAAAAUGGCCUGAGCCCUUGUGCUGGAAGUAUGGCACCCCUGAAUACCAGGCUCUGUUGUCUACUCCAAAUGCCCGAGGCGUUGCAGCCCUUGUCAUUGGAGGCUUCGAAUCAGGAACAAAGUUCAUUUCUGAAAUAUGCACCUGGGCGGAUCCUGAAAACUAUUGCUUGCAAAUGCUCUUUGUCAUUUCUAACCCAGAUUUGCUCUAA